GUGUCCUCAGGGCAGGACAGUAGCCGCAGGGACAGAAGGACGGAGGCACUGACUACGUAGGAGGUCCCCGCCUGUCAAAAUGCCCAUCCUGAAGAAUCUAGGGGUGGCAGACUCCAAGGUGCCCCGGGCGGGGACCCUGCCCCUGAGGUCCUCUCGGAACCCCUUUGAGGAAGUUCCAGGAUUGGAAGAAGAGGAGGUUGGGGAGCUGGGGACCCUGCCCAACGGAACAUCUUGUCGCCGCCGGGCCACCCUGGAGAAGCUGGCUGGCCUGGCCCCCUUCCGGUUGGCCUGGCCCCCUGGCCGGCGGGCAGGCAGCCCAGGAGAUGGGCAGCCCCGCUCUUUCCUGGGCCGCGUGCUGACACCGGGGAUUCGCAGGAGCUCGGCAGAUUUUGGCCUCCUGGCCAGGCUUCAGGGGACCCGAGCCCAGGGCGACGAGGAGGCGGCUGGGGAGGCUGCCCGGAGACUGGCCUUCCUGAGACUGGGACGCGGGCCCAAGCCCCGCCGGGCGUCACUGGCCGAGAGGGUGGUGCCCGCAGGCGAGGCGGCUCCUGAGCCCCCGCCCAAGGUCCCCGAGCCCCCAAAGGUGAAGGAGCCUCUGUCAGUCUCAGAGGUCCUAGGGCUGGUGGACCUGGUAGCCCUGGAGAAUGGGGAGCUGGGGCCCCUUCUGUCUCCCGGCACCCUGCGGGGCUUGGAGGAUGAAUGUGUCACAGACGUUAAGGCUCAGACACGCGCAGCCCUGCUUCGGGUGCUGCAGGAGAAUGAGGAGCACUGGGGGAGCACGGAGGACCGGCCCAGCAGCCUGGCGCAGGAUGUGUGUGAGCUGCUGGAAGAACACACAGAGCGAGCACCCCGCAUCAGCCAGGAGUUUGGGGAGCGGAUGGCCCACUGCUGCCUGGCAGGGCUAGCAGAAUUCCUUCAGAGCUUCCAGCAGCGGGUGGAGCGAUUCCAUGAGCAUCCAGGAGUGCGGGAGCUGCUACCUGACACCUACGUCAGCAGGACCAUCUCCCUGGUCAAUUGCGGGCCCCCGCUGAGGGCUCUGGCAGAGCGCCUUGCCCGGGUGGGGCCCCCCGAAAGUGAGCCAGCCCGAGAAGCAGCUGCCAGCGCUCUGGACCGCGUGACCCGGCUCUGCCACCGAGUCCUGGCUGACCUGCUGUUUCAGGAGCUGCAGCCCCACUUCAACAAGCUGAUGCGCAGGAAGUGGUUGAACAGCCCGGAGGCCCUGGAUGGCAUCGUGGGCACGCUGGGCGCUCAGGCCCUGGCACUGCGCAGGAUGCAGGAUGAACCCUACCAGGCGCUGGUGGCCGAGCUCCACCGGCGGGCGCUGGUGGAGUACGUGCGGCCCCUGCUCCGAGGACGCCUGCGCUGCCGCUCGGCUCGGACCCGCAGCCGCGUGGCCGGGAGGCUCCGGGAGGACUCGGCGCAGCUGCAGCGUCUGUUCCGGCGGCUGGAGUCCCAGGCCUCGUGGCUGGAUGCCGUGGUGCCCCAUUUGGCCGAAGUCCUGCAGCUGGAAGACACGCCCAGCAUCCAGGUGGAGGUGGGGGUGCUCGUGCGGGACUACCCCGACAUCAGGCGGAAGCACGUGGCAGCCCUCCUCGACAUCCGCGGCCUGCACAACGCAGCCGCCCGCCAGGAGAUCCUGGCCGUGGCCCGGGACCUGGAACUGUCUGAGGGGGGAGCCCUGUCACCCCCUCGGGACCGUGCCUUCUUCUCAGACAUCUCCGUGCCCCGCCCACCUUUCUGCCUCGGCCUCCCUCUCUUCCUGGGCCGCCUUCCCCUCUCCCGGCUGGCCAGGCCUGGUUUGGCCUGUCUGCCCCGGCUUCGGCCUCUGUCUCCAUCACGGCCCCCUACCCAACGCUGAGACUCUCCCAGCCCGCCACCUCAGUGCCCCCCAUCUUUGCUGCUGACAAACCAUCCUCCUGUACGGGCUCGCUCUUGACUCCCUGCCUGGGACCACAGACCUCCCCACCCUGGGGGGCAUGGAAAGAUCCUCAGAGGUCUUCUCGGCCACCCCUAUACCCCCCAAAUAGAAGAGAAACAGGCCAGAGGGAGCAAGGACUUUCCCAAGGCCAUGAAGCUCAUUCCCAGCACCAGCUCCCGGCCCAGUGUGCAGUGGGGGGCAUUUUGGAAGGCUCUACAGAAGUAUCCCAGGCCCCCCCUUUCCCCUCACCUCAAGGUCUGGCCCCAGUCCAAUGUAUUAAGGAAUGUACGAUACUUAGAAUA